GAGGAGGAAGGGGAGGUGGGGGGGACAUCCAAAAUCAUGGAUGGGUCGGCGUCCUGUAAGCAAAAGUAGGAAGCGGUGGCGAUCUCAACUGAUCCCACAAAGAGAAAACAUCGAAGAAACGUGAAGCCGAGCCCAUCUAUUAAAUCUCCUUUUGUUGCACAACCCUUUGUCAAGACAACAAAAUUAAAGGAAGAAGAAGAAUCAGUCAUUAACUAUCUUAUUAGGGGACCGACAAAUGAUUUAAGCGAGGUGUUGAUCCGUAUUGAAGGGGCAAAGUGGCCUCUUACUCACAAGGAAGUUGCUCAAUCGUUUAAACCGAGGGGCCUUGUGUGUAAUAUGGUUAUGUACACUUUUACGGAUUGGCGAAUGCUGAAGGAAAGAGCCCAUGCGACCAAGGCUCAUCCAUCACGUCACAUUUUCUCUCCAGCCUUUGCGUCCAAUCUACUUGCAACUGAAAGUGACAAGUACAGCAAUGUAUUGCGGGAUGAUUGCGACCCUGAUAAACUAGGUUAUGACGUGUUAAAAUGUGACAUGCUUUUCUUGCCUGUGCUUGAAAGUGAACAUUGGUUUUGCUUGUGCAUAUCCCUUGUUGAGUCACGCGUUUAUAUUCUUGACUCAAUGAAGCACGCGGGACAAAACUUGGAUCAAUUGGAGCAAGUUAACAUUUUACAAAAGAAUCUAUUUGCACUCCUGAAGAAGAGACGUACGCGAAGUUCACGAAAAGAUUCCCGCAUAUUUGAAGUUGAAUAUGCGGAUGUGCCACAACAGACAAACUUGUACGUGGACCGUUGGGAUGGUCGAACUUAUCCUUCGACUGAACUUCAAGGAGGUCAUAUUCCAACCAUUCUUAAUGAUAUAAUUGUUUGUAACUCUACAUGGACUCUCGAAGAUGUAUCAUUUAGCCUUGUCAAUAUUUCAUUGUUGGAGAUUAUGGGUGAUUUUAUGGGUUCGUGGGUUCCUUAUUGUUCGUGGGUUCCUGAUUUGCUACCCAAACGGAGACUGGGUACUUCUCCUUUGUCAGUUAGCUGUUUGCUAUUGUAUUGUGUUGUUGUUCUGGCUGCUGUAAUGAAUAGUAACUGCCUGUUAUCUGCUCUUGCUGCUACUGUAUUGUGUUGCUGUUUUGUGUAUCCUGCUACUGCUGUUUCUGCUGCUAUAUCAGUCCGGCAGAAUAUAACGUAA